AUGUUUGGCCCAUUUAAAUCCUCAAACACUUUGCUAGGUGGCCUACUUUGGAAAAUACCGUGGAGGCUUUCCCGCCCGCAAAAGCAGAGGCAGAGACACAGAUUGCAACAAGUUGACAAUGUACUGAAAACCGUUAAUUUGGGUUUGCACAUUAUGAGGAACGAAUCAAAAGGCCUGGCGUUCCAGGAUGCUGUUGCCGCUCCGAAGUUGUUGAAACCGAAUGUAAAACAACUUCGAGUCCUUGGGAAACCAUCUUUUUUCCCAUCAGAAAAGCAAAUGUCGUAUAAGGACAAGUACACUUUCUUCAACAAACGGUCCAAAGGUUAUCGUAAGGGAAUUCACAAACUUCCUAAAUGGACGAAAAUGUCGCAAAGACGCAAUCCCGAGUUUUUCUAA